AUGACUCACCGCGCUGGCGUUGGACGCAACAAACGCAAAUCAACACCACCUUAUACCAUCGGAAAGGAAGGUCGAACUCAGGCUUUCUCACCACCACCACUACCAUCAAACCCACAAGUUAAAGACUUAUCAAACACCGGGAAAAAACGCAAGGCAAGCCAAUCCAGCUCCGUCUCACCUUCUGGAAAUCCAUCAACUUCGAAGAAGCUGACCAAGGCAACCAACUAUCCAUCAAUUCCGGACACGAUUAUUACCACCGACAACAACAACUUCUGA